CGCGCCCGGCCCGGCCAUGUGGACCCCCACGGAGGAGGAGAAAUACGGCGUAGUGAUAUGCAGCUUUCGAGGAUCUGUCCCUCAAGGGUUGGUCUUAGAAAUAGGAGAAACAGUCCAGAUUCUUGAAAAAUGUGAAGGUUGGUACAGAGGAGUUUCAACAAAGAAGCCAAAUGUAAAGGGGAUCUUUCCUGCAAAUUACAUUCACUUGAAAAAGGCAAUUGUCAGUAAUAGGGGGCAGUAUGAAACUGUGGUUCCACUUGAAGAUUCUAUUGUGACUGAGGUUACAGCAACUCUACAAGAAUGGGCCAGUCUGUGGAAACAACUCUAUGUGAAACACAAAGUAGAUCUUUUCUACAAGCUACGCCAUGUGAUGAAUGAACUUAUUGACCUUCGAAGGCAGCUACUGUCUGGUCACCUUACUCAGGAUCAGGUGCGGGAGGUUAAGCGGCAUAUCACCGUACGCCUGGACUGGGGUAAUGAACAUUUGGGCCUGGACUUGGUGCCUCGAAAGGACUUUGAAGUAGUGGAUUCAGACCAGAUUAGUGUCUCAGAUCUCUAUAAAAUGCACUUAUCUAGCCGGCAGAGUGUCCAGCAAAGCACAUCCCAGGUAGAUACAAUGCGCCCACGUCAUGGGGAAACCUGUCGGAUGCCGGUGCCACACCACUUCUUCCUCAGCCUGAAGAGUUUCACCUACAAUACUAUUGGUGAAGACACCGAUGUCUUCUUUUCCUUAUAUGAUAUGAGAGAAGGCAAGCAGAUCAGUGAGCGGUUUCUGGUGAGACUGAACAAGAAUGGUGGGCCAAGGAAUCCAGAGAAGAUAGAACGAAUGUGUGCCCUUUUUACAGAUCUGAGCAGCAAAGAUAUGAAGAGAGAUUUAUAUAUAGUUGCCCAUGUGAUACGAAUAGGCCGGAUGCUCCUGAAUGACUCAAAGAAAGGCCCUGCUCACCUACACUACCGGCGACCAUAUGGUUGUGCUGUCCUGAGCAUCCUGGAUGUUCUGCAGUCGCUCACAGAAUUAAAGGAAGAAAAGGAUUUUGUUCUUAAGGUUUACACGUGCAACAACGAGAGUGAGUGGUCCCAGAUCCAUGAGAACAUCAUCCGCAAGUCCAGCGCCAAGUAUUCUGCCCCCAGCGCAAGCCACGGUCUUAUCAUUUCUCUGCAGCUUCUCCGUGGAGACAUGGAACAGAUUAGGAGAGAAAACCCCAUGAUAUUUGGUAGGGGGUUGGCAAUUACAAGAAAAUUGGGAUUUCCUGAUGUCAUCAUGCCAGGCGAUAUCCGCAAUGACCUGUACCUAACCUUGGAGAAGGGGGAUUUCGAGAGAGGGGGAAAGAGUGUACAAAAGAAUAUUGAAGUGACCAUGUAUGUGCUUUACGCAGAUGGAGAAAUACUGAAGGAUUGCAUAAGCUUGGGUUCAGGAGAGCCAAACAGGAGCUCCUACCACUCCUUUGUCCUCUACCACAGUAAUAGUCCUCGAUGGGGAGAGAUUAUCAAAUUGCCCAUCCCCAUCGACCGGUUCCGAGGCUCCCACCUGCGCUUCGAGUUCAGACAUUGUUCCACAAAGGACAAAGGGGAAAAGAAACUCUUUGGCUUUGCAUUCUCACCCCUGAUGCGGGAUGAUGGCACCACUCUCUCAGAUGACAUCCAUGAGCUCUACGUGUACAAGUGCGAUGAGAAUAGCACAUUUAACAACCAUGCUCUGUACCUGGGCUUGCCCUGCUGCAAAGAGGACUACAAUGGCUGCCCCAACAUCCCCUCCAGCCUCAUCUUCCAGCGCAGCACCAAAGAGUCUUUCUUCAUCUCCACACAGCUCUCCUCCACCAAACUCACCCAGAAUGUGGACCUCCUGGCUCUCCUGAAAUGGAAGGCUUUUCCAGACCGGAUCAUGGACAUCCUAGGGCGGCUGCGGCAUGUCAGUGGGGAAGAAAUUGUUAAGUUUCUGCAAGACAUCUUAGAUACACUCUUUGUGAUUUUGGAUGAUAACACAGAGAAGUAUGGCCUGUUGGUGUUUCAGUCUUUGGUAUUCAUCAUCAACCUGCUCAGAGACAUCAAGUAUUUCCACUUCCGGCCUGUAAUGGACACAUACAUCCAGAAACACUUUGCUGGAGCCCUGGCAUACAAGGAGCUCAUCCGCUGUUUGAAGUGGUACAUGGACUGCUCAGCAGAACUGAUUCGACAGGACCACAUUCAGGAAGCCAUGCGGGCCUUGGAGUACCUUUUCAAGUUUAUUGUGCAAUCCAGGAUCCUGUAUUCCCGAGCCACCUGUGGGAUGGAAGAGGAACAGUUCCGGUCCAGCAUCCAAGAACUUUUCCAGUCCAUCCGGUUUGUGCUCAGUCUGGACAGCAGAAACUCAGAAACACUCCUUUUCACUCAGGCUGCACUCCUUAAUUCCUUCCCAACUAUCUUUGACGAGCUGCUGCAAAUGUUCACCGUGCAGGAGGUGGCAGAGUUUGUAAGAGGGACUCUGGGGAGCAUGCCCAGUACAGUGCACAUUGGGCAGUCAAUGGAUGUGGUGAAGCUCCAGUCAAUCGCCAGGACUGUGGAUAGCCGCCUGUUUUCUUUCUCAGAGUCCCGCCGCAUCCUGCUUCCUGUGGUUCUCCAUCAUAUUCACCUUCACCUGAGGCAGCAGAAAGAGCUGCUCAUCUGCUCAGGGAUUCUUGGCAGCAUCUUCUCCAUCGUCAAGACCAGCUCUCUGGAGGCAGAUGUCAUGGAGGAGGUAGAAAUGAUGGUGGAGAGCCUCUUGGAUGUGCUCUUGCAGACUCUGCUCACCAUCAUGAGCAAAUCGCACGCUCAGGAGGCGGUAAGAGGGCAGCGGUGCCCGCAGUGCACAGCCGAGAUCACUGGUGAGUACGUGUCCUGCCUUCUCUCGCUGCUCCGCCAGAUGUGUGACACCCACUACCAGCACCUCCUGGACAACUUCCAGAGCAAAGAUGAACUCAAGGAAUUCCUGCUGAAGAUUUUCUGUGUGUUCCGGAACCUGAUGAAGAUGAGUGUCUUCCCACGGGACUGGAUGGUGAUGAGACUUCUUACAAGCAAUAUUAUAGUCACUACCGUCCAGUACCUGUCUUCUGCACUGCACAAGAACUUCACAGAAACAGACUUCGACUUUAAGGUGUGGAAUUCUUAUUUUAGCCUGGCAGUUCUGUUCAUAAAUCAGCCAAGCCUUCAGCUAGAAAUCAUCACUUCAGCCAAGAGGAAGAAGAUUCUAGAUAAGUAUGGGGACAUGCGUGUGAUGAUGGCUUAUGAACUGUUCAGCAUGUGGCAGAAUUUGGGUGAACAUAAGAUCCACUUUAUUCCUGGAAUGAUUGGUCCUUUUCUGGGUGUGACACUGGUCCCACAGCCAGAAGUGCGGAAUAUCAUGAUUCCCAUCUUUCAUGACAUGAUGGACUGGGAGCAGAGAAAAAAUGGCAACUUCAAACAGGUGGAGGCCGAGCUGAUUGACAAGCUGGACAGCAUGGUGUCAGAAGGGAAAGGCGACGAGAGCUACAGGGAGCUCUUUGGCCUGCUAACCCAGCUGUUUGGGCCCUACCCCAGCCUGCUGGAGAAGGUCGAACAGGAAACAUGGCGUGAAACCGGCAUUUCCUUUGUGACCUCAGUCACCCGCCUCAUGGAACGCCUUCUUGACUACAGGGACUGCAUGAAAGGAGAGGAAACAGAAAAUAAGAAGAUCGGCUGUACUGUUAACCUGAUGAAUUUUUACAAAUCUGAGAUCAACAAAGAAGAGAUGUAUAUCCGCUACAUCCACAAGCUCUGUGACAUGCACUUACAGGCUGAAAACUACACAGAGGCUGCAUUCACUCUGCUCCUCUACUGUGAGCUGCUACAGUGGGAGGAACGGCCGCUGCGGGAAUUUCUGCACUACCCGUCGCAGACCGAGUGGCAGCGGAAAGAGGGACUGUGCCGCAAGAUCAUCCACUACUUCAACAAAGGCAAGAGCUGGGAGUUCGGGAUCCCAUUGUGCAGGGAGCUGGCGUGUCAGUACGAGAGCCUCUACGAUUAUCAGAGCCUCAGCUGGAUUCGGAAAAUGGAAGCCAGCUACUAUGACAACAUCAUGGAGCAGCAACGCCUGGAGCCUGAGUUCUUUCGGGUUGGCUUCUAUGGCAGGAAGUUUCCUUUCUUCCUUCGGAACAAAGAAUACGUGUGCCGUGGCCAUGACUACGAGAGGCUGGAGGCCUUCCAGCAGAGGAUGCUCAGCGAGUUCCCGCAGGCCGUUGCCAUGCAGCACCCAAACCACCCCGACGAUGCCAUCCUGCAGUGUGAUGCCCAGUACUUGCAGAUCUAUGCGGUGACGCCCAUUCCAGAUUACGUGGAUGUCCUGCAGAUGGAUAGGGUCCCGGAUCGCGUCAAGAGCUUCUACCGUGUCAACAAUGUGAGGAAGUUCCGGUAUGACAGGCCUUUUCACAAAGGCCCCAAGGACAAGGAGAACGAAUUCAAGAGCCUGUGGAUCGAGCGCACCACACUGACCCUCACCCACAGCUUGCCUGGCAUCUCUCGGUGGUUCGAAGUGGAGAGGAGGGAAUUGGUGGAGGUGAGCCCUCUGGAGAAUGCCAUCCAGGUGGUUGAGAAUAAGAACCAGGAGCUGCGGGCGCUGAUCAGCCAGUAUCAGCACAAACAGGUGCACGGCAACAUCAACCUGCUCAGCAUGUGCCUGAACGGCGUCAUUGACGCAGCUGUCAACGGGGGCAUCGCGCGCUACCAAGAGGCCUUCUUUGAUAAAGAUUAUAUCACCAAGCACCCGGGAGAUGCAGAGAAGAUCACCCAGCUCAAGGAGCUCAUGCAGGAGCAGGUCCAUGUCCUUGGAGUUGGGCUGGCCGUUCAUGAGAAGUUUGUGCACCCAGAGAUGCGUCCUCUGCAUAAGAAGCUGAUUGACCAGUUCCAGAUGAUGCGGGCCAGCCUCUACCAUGAGUUUCCGGGUUUGGACAAGCUCAGUCCUGCAUGUUCAGGCACCAGCACCCCGCGGGGAAACGUCCUAGCGUCCCAUAGUCCCAUGAGCCCUGAGAGCAUCAAGAUGACCCACCGCCACAGCCCCAUGAACUUGAUGGGCACAGGCCGCCAUUCAUCAUCCUCUCUCUCCUCACAUGCAUCUAGCGAAGCGGGAAAUGUGGUGAUGCUGGGGGACAGCUCCGUGGGCGAGGCUCCCGAGGACCUAUACCACCAUAUGCAGCUCGCGUAUCCCAACCCCAGGUACCAGGGCUCAGUCACCAACGUCUCUGUUCUGUCCUCGUCCCAGGCAAGCCCUUCUUCCUCCAGCCUGAGUUCCACUCACUCAGCACCAUCCCAGAUGAUUACCUCUGCCCCUUCCAGUGCCCGAGGCUCUCCCUCUCUGCCAGAUAAGUACCGCCACGCCCGGGAAAUGAUGUUGCUGCUGCCCACGCACCGGGACCGCCCGAGCAGCGCCAUGUAUCCAGCAGCCAUUCUGGAGAACGGACAGCUGCCAAAUUUCCAGCGGGCCCUGUUCCAGCAAGUGGUCGGAUCCUGCAAACCCUGCAGUGAUCCCAAUCUGUCUGUGGCUGAAAAAGGUCAUUACUCCCUACACUUCGACGCCUUCCACCACCCCCUGGGUGACACCCCCCCAGCCCUGCCUGCCCGGACUCUGCGCAAGUCUCCUCUCCACCCUAUCCCGGCCUCCCCCACGAGCCCCCAGUCGGGUCUGGAUGGCAGCAACUCUACCCUGUCGGGCAGCGCCAGCAGCGGCGUGUCCUCCCUGAGCGAGAGUAACUUUGGGCACUCCUCGGAGGCCCCGCCUCGGACCGACACCAUGGACUCCAUGCCGAGCCAGGCCUGGAACGCCGACGAAGAUCUCGAGCCACCCUACCUCCCUGUCCACUACAGCCUCUCCGAGUCCGCAGUCCUGGACUCCAUCAAGGCCCAGCCAUGCCGAAGCCACUCAGCCCCCGGGUGCGUCGUCCCUCAGGACCCCAUGGACCCACCCGCGCUGCCACCCAAGCCCUACCAUAGCCGCCUGCCAGCCCUGGAGCACGAGGAGGGCGUGCUGCUUCGCGAAGACGCAGACCGGCCCCGGGGCCUGCACCGCAAGGCCUCGCUGCCCCCUGGGAGCGCCAAGGAAGAGCAGGCCCGCCUGGCCUGGGAGCACAGCCGCGGGGAACAGUGA